AUGAGUGGUCUUAGUGUCUGCUACUCAGUGCAUCUUCAUUUACUUUAUGUUAAUAAGUUGGUGCUUAGUCGGGGAAUAGUCAGCAGUUUUACGGAGGCAAGCUGCACCUUAUCGGCAGGGGCGAAGGAAGCUUCGGGGAUGGCGAGGGUUGCGGGAGGCCUCGCAGUUCUGUCAGUGCUGGCCGCACCGCCUCCGCGAGUGGACGCUGUGUCGCUGUCUCGUGUAGAUUAA